AUUACUAAAAUGAAGAAAAGAGAUUUCAAAGUGGUCUUAAUUGGAGAUAGUAUAAAAAUAUGAAAUUAUUUAGGUGGAGUGGGUAAAUCAACAUUUGUUUCAUCUCUGAUUAAUGAGAAUUUAAAUAAGCAGACUAAUAUUGAACAAUAUUAACCUGUUUAAUUACCUCCAGAAAUGUUUAAUAAUCCAGAAUGUAAUACAACUUUGAUUGAUACAAGAUGUAAAGCUAAUCAAAUUCCAGAAUAAGUUAAAAUUGCAGAUAUCAUACUUUUAAUGUAUUCAAUAGAUAAUAAUGAUUCAUGUGAAAGAUUACAAAAAUUUUGGCUUAAAGAAUUGAAAGAGAAGGAGCUUAAAUAACCAAUUAUUAUAGUAGGUAAUAAACUUGAUCUUAUGGAUCUAAAGGAAGAUAGAGAUUAUUGUAGAAUUUUUAAAGUCAUUAAAGAAUUGGUUAAGGAUUUCAGUGUAAUACAUCUAUAUAAUAUAGUAAGUUGAAAUUGGAAUAGAAUGUUCAUCAAUCAAAUUUUAGGGUGUUUUGGAUGUAAUUAAUAGUGCCUAAAGAUCUUAUUUAUACCCAUUAGCUCCUUUAUAUAAUAUAGUAAACAAAGCAAUUACAGAAGGAUUCAAAAAAGCAUUGACUCGUAUUUUUCGUAUUUGUGAUCGAGAUGGAGAUGGUGUGUGGAGUGAUCAAGAAUUAGAACAGUUUUAAAAAAAAGUUUUUAAAAGGCAUUUAGAUUAAAAUGAUAUUGCAGGCAUUAAAGAUAUGAUUGAAGAAGAAUUGAAAGAUGGUUCUAAUAAAAAAAAAUUUAUUUCUCUUCAAGGUUUUAUGGCUUUACAAAAAAGAGGAAUUGAAUUAAUGAAAAUUUAAAUCUGUUGGACUAUCCUUCGUUUUUUUCAUUAUUAAGAUGAUUUAACACUUGAUGAAAGUUUAUUUUAAGAUGAGUAAAUAAUUUAUUACAAAUUUUAGAAUUAUUUUCGAUGAAGAAGCUGGAUAAACAGUUGAACUUAGUGAAAUUGCUCUAUAAUAACUUUAAUCUAUUUUCGAAUAACAGGGUUAAAUUCUCACUCAAUCUUAAUUUGAUAAUAUAUUCUAUCCUGUUAUGUAUUAAACUAGUUUUCCACUUUUAUAAUAAUAUCAUCCUUAAUAACAAAACAUUACUCUAACUUUAUGGCUAUCUUUAUGGAAGUACUCUAUAUUAAUACUAUUAUUUUUAGUGCCUUCUCUUUCUUUAAUUACAAAGAUGCAUAUAAAUUAAUAAAUUACAUUGGAAUUGAUAUCAAAAUGUCUGAGGCUUUCAUAGAAAAAAAUAAAAAGGAUUCUUGGAGUUCUGUUUAAAAAAUCACUGAAAGAUAAGUUUUUCAUUUUGCUAUUAUUACUAAAAAUAAAAAAGUAUCAAGCCCUUUAUUUUAUUUAGAAAAUCUUAGAAGAUUAAUUUAAUAAUUUAUCACCCAGAAUUACAACAAUAAAUUCUAAAACUUAUGUGAUUAGCAUUUAUGAUGAAUUGUAAGCCAAAUAAUAAAUUGAGAAAAGAAGAUUAAGUGUAGUUGAUUUCUUAAUAAUUGAACGUUCUUGUGAUUUCUAAACAGCAUAACUUAUUCCUAUUACUUUUUUUGAUGAAAAUAUUUAGUUUUGGGCAUUGAUAUAGAAACUUGUACAUAUUUUGCAUUCUUAGUAAUUUAUCUAAUUAUUUGAAGGCCUUAUGGGUAUUCUGAACUUCAGAUAAAAUAAUUAAAAUAAAAUGAUAGUUUCCCGAUAAUUUUAUUCUCAAGUGGAAUAGCCAUUUUAGUGAGUCUAAUAACUGGUGGAUAUUAUUAUUAUUUCCGUUAUAAGACAUUUAAAAAAAGUAAAUGA